AUGCAGCUUAUCAGCGCAGUUGUGUUUAGUGCCGUCGUGUCUGGGUGCUUCGGGCAGAACGAAACAUUUCCAACAUGGUUCCUAUUCGGAGCCGCUACUGCCGCUUACCAGAUCGAAGGAGGCUGGUAUGCUGAUGAUAAAGGAGAGAGCAUGUGGGACCGACUCCUGCACUCAAAUGACAUAACCCUGGACAGUUCCAAUGCUGACGUGGCUUGUGACUCCUAUCAUCUGUGGAAGAGGGACAUUGAAGUGGCCAAGGAGUUGGGGCUGAAUAUGUAUAGGUUCUCAAUAUCCUGGCCUCGUAUCCUCCCGUCGGGUUACCCAAACCAAGUCAGCGAGGAUGGCAAGAAGUAUUACAACAACCUGAUCGACGGUCUACUGGAGAAAGGCAUACAGCCAGUUGUGACGAUGUACCAUUGGGACUUGCCGCAAUCCUUGCAGGAUCUUGGUGGCUGGGCAAACCCUCUCAUCACCACCUGGUUCGCAGACUACGCUCGCGUAUUAUUCACCCUCUUUGGUGACCGCGUGAAGUAUUGGAUCACAUUAAACGAGCCCCUCGCGAUCUGUGAUGGCGGCUACAACAAGAUGGCCGCCCCGUAUUUAGAUGACAUGAAAAUUGGCGGGUAUUUGUGUAAUAAGCAUGUAUUGUUGGCCCAUGCUGCGGCUUAUAGGAUCUAUGAGAAGGAGUUUCAAUCGCUGUAUUUUGGCAAGUUGUCGAUGGCGAACGUUUUCUUCUGGUUCAAGCCGGAGAAAACGACUGAUGAUGAGGCUACGAAACUUGCUAUCCAAAUGUGGGAAGGCAGAUACGCUCACCCCAUAUACUCCGAAUCGGGUGGCUGGCCACCAGAACUAGAGAAAAUACUAGCAGAAAACAGUAAGAAGGAAGGUUAUCCAUAUCCCAGGUUACCUCCUUUCACUCCUGAAGAAAUUGAAUUCGUUAAAGGUACUUACGAUUUCUACGCGUUAAACCACUAUACGACCCGUCUAGUGCGUAAGGUAAACCCUGAGAAGGCUGGUUCCUGGCCUUACUACGGCUGCAAGGAGAUUGGAGUCGACUUUGUAAACGAUCCUACUUGGAAGACGGCUGUCAUUGACUGGUUUGCGGCAAGAAACUUUAUAAACUUACAUAAUAAUAAUCGGUCCAAAACGAUUUUAAUCCAGCUUUUCCUUCCUCAGGCCACUUGUGAAACUCUCGCUCUAAAUUCUAGCAACAUUCGAUCAUCCUAUGUCUUCCUCUUUCAGAUAUACCCUGAAGGCCUUCGGGAACAAUUGUAUUGGAUCAACAAGACUUAUGGAGUAGACCAGGUCAUGAUUACAGAGAAUGGGUACCCAGAUCUCAAUGACGAUCUAUUUGACGUCCAACGUAUGACGUACAUAAAGACUAUGUUACAACAGGUACUUCUCGCCAUAAACGAUGGCAUCCACGUUAUGGGGUACACAGUCUGGUCAAUGAUGGAUAACUUCGAAUGGGUAACUGGCUACAAGACGAAAUAUGGACUCUACGCGGUAGACUUUCUCAGUCCUAAUCUAACGCGGACGCCUCGUGAGUCGGCGAGGUUCUACUCGAGUGUGACUAAAGGUCGAAGAAUACCAAAAUAUCGGGUACUCGUAGAUUAUGAAGAUGUUUAGAAUUAACAAUAGUU